GAUAAUUAUGUUUUAAGAUCCUAAGGAGGUUGUUUUCAAAUUUAUGGUGAAAUUUUUCCCAGUGGACCCCGGACAUCUUCGAGAAGAGCUUACAAGGUAUCUUUUUACUCUUCAAAUAAAGAAGGAUUUGGCUCUAGGAAGGCUUCCAUGCAGUGACAACUCUACAGCGUUGAUGGUAUCUCACAUCCUACAAUCAGAACUGGGAGACUUUCAUGAAGAAACAGAUAAGAAACAUCUGGCACAAACCCGAUACUUACCGAACCAAGACUGUUUAGAGAGCAAGAUCAUGCACUUUCAUCAGAAGCACGUCGGCAGGAGCCCGGCUGAAUCGGACAUUCUGCUACUGGAUAUAGCAAGGAAGCUGGAUAUGUACGGCAUCAGGCCUCACCCCGCCAGUGAUGGCGAAGGGAUGCAGAUCCACCUGGCUGUUGCUCACAUGGGAGUAGUGGUGUUACGGGGAAAUACAAAGAUCAAUACUUUCAACUGGGCUAAAAUCCGCAAGUUGAGUUUUAAGAGAAAGCAUUUUCUCAUCAAACUUCAUUCCAACAUUUUGGUGUUGUGCAAGGACACCUUGGAGUUCACCAUGGCCAGCCGAGAUGCCUGCAAGGCUUUCUGGAAGACUUGUGUGGAGUACCAUGCUUUUUUCAGACUUUCUGAAGAGCCCAAAUCAAAGCCCAGAACCCUACUCUGCAGCAAGGGCUCCAGUUUCCGCUACAGCGGAAGAACCCAACGGCAGCUUUUGGAAUAUGGAAAGAAAGGGAGGUUGAGGAGCUUACCAUUCGAGAGGAAACAUUACCCAUCUCAGUACCAUGAACGGCAGUGCAGGUCGUCACCAGACCUCCUCUCUGAUGUAUCAAAACAAGUGGAAGAUUUGAGACUAGCGUAUGGCGGCGGAUACUACCGAACCGCGAAUGGGGUGCGAGCCUCGGAGCCCGUGCUGGACGGUAGGAGGAGGAGCUCCGCGGCCGAGGUGACGUUUGCCGCCGCCACGCCAGAGCGGUCCAAACCAGAGGCGGACCCCGCAUUGUUACAUCAGUCCCAGAGCAGUUCCUCUUUCCCUUUUCUUUACACAGACCCCGAUCCCAGAGACUACUUUGAGGGAAGGAGUCCUCUGAGCUCCUUCCAGCCGAGCUGUAAGUUUGCUGACAAUCACAUGAGCACACCUGCCGGCCUCACAAGUGAAGUGAGCCCAGCGAGGCGGCUGACUUACACAGAUGUGCCCUAUAUACCUUGUACUGGCCAGCAGGUCAAUAUUAUGCCUCCCCAAGUCUUUUUUUACGUGGACAGACCACCCCAGGUGCCCAGACGGUCUCCGAUCUUGGCAGAGGAAAGGGAAAGGCCAGACAGCUCUCCAGGGCCCACUGCAACGAAGCCAGCCAAAAGGAGCCCAAGGAAUGUCAGAAUGAAGAGCUUUCAGCAAGACUUUGAAGAACUCCAAGAAGCUAUGGCCAGGACCAGUGGUAGGAGCAACAUCAACAUAGAUCUGGAAGCGGAAGACCCAAAUUUAGAAGAUGCGUUUGCAUGUAACAUUCAAGAGCAAACUCCCAAACGAUCCCAGAGCCAAUCAGAUAUGAAAACAAUCCGUUUUCCUUUUGGGUCUGAAUUUAGACCUUUAGGACCUUGUCCUACUCUGAGUCGUAAAGCUGACUUUUUCCCAUAUAUGUUUGCAGAGCAGGAGCUUCCAACAGUUUUAAUGCAUCAGGGAGCAUCAGAAAGAUACGUAGCUAGUGAAUCCAGUGAUUCAGAAUCAGAAAUUCUUAAAUCGGACUACUACUCUUUGUAUGGCAAAGGGAUAAGGUCACCCAUGGCCAGAAUCCGCUUAUCUUCUGGUAGUCUACAGCUAGAUGAAGAGGACGAAGACGUUUCUUUCAGUACACCAACUGCUGAAGACAGGACUUUGCUAAAACCGUGUAAUUACUUUUUAGCUUAGAAGUGUGAAUGCCAGGAACAUUCCUGGGCCAGUUCCAUGUUGCCAACUUAGAUUAAAAAAGAAAAAAAAAAGGAACCUUCUGCACAAACCGUUUUCUUAGUUACUACUCAUUGGCAUUAAGGGAAUCUCCUGAGUUUGGGCACCGAGCCUAUGAAAGAUCCAGCUGCUGCCUCGUUCCUCAAUCUCCUCUCUUCAAGUUUCCUCUGAAGUGACUCUGGAACAUACCUUCUCGUCACCAGCACUGUUGCAGGGUGAGGUGGCCAUUUAUCAUCUCCAUGAUACAUUUCUCCAUAGAGACGUUAUCAGUGAAGUUCGCGCUCUUCCACGUUGAAGAAUGAGGACAGUAUGGGUUGGCAUAUAGAAUUGUGUCCUUUAGUGAUUUAGUAGAUUGUGACUAUGUUGGUCAUUUUGUUCUUAAACCAUACUGCGACUAAAGGUUCCAGUGCAAAUGUUUCUGUGACGUGUUAAAGAUUUUGAUUUUUAUAACAUAUAUUAGGGGGAGCAUGGCCCUCUGAUGUCUCAGGAACAAGAUGGUGGCAUACAUCCUCUCGGCAGAAUACAAGUUUGUGAUGCAUCUGGGACUGGGAAAAAUUCUCAACCUCGGAAAUUCAUGAAUUAAUUUCUAAAGCCAGAUAUAUGCCUGAUGAAGAUAUGAUGCUUGACUUAUUUCUCUAUUCUUAACUAUUACAUGUAGUGAAAGAUAAAAGUCA